CUUUUGCACCCGGCCCUGCUGUUCCAAGGACGCUAUAAAAAGGCCAGUCUCUCGUUCAACAAUCAAAGCGUCGACGCAACUAAGACAGAAGUAGAACCUUUAUACUCUGAAAAAGAAGCGCAUCAACUGAAGAAAUGGACCCUUGCGAGUGUGCCAAGACUGGAACCUGCAAGUGUGGGGGAUCCUGCACCUGCACAAACUGCUGCUGCACCUGCUGCAAGAAAAGUUGCUGCCCAUGCUGCCCAUCCGGCUGCAGCAAGUGUGCUGGCGGCUGCGUGUGCAAAGGCAAGACGUGUGAUGCCAGCUGUUGCCAGUGAAAAGUUUAUGGCAUGAGCACUUCCAUCCUUUUUGUGAAUACAACCUGAUAAAUUUGCGUGAUCCAUGGAGUAGUGUCUUUUGUAUGUGGCUUUAACAAUUGAAAUAAAUUUGAUUAAUGUAAAAGGCA